AUGUCGUUCAUUCCCAAUAGCUUCUUCGGUAACCGAUGCAGCAACAGUACCUUUGAUCCAUUCUCUCUCGACCUAUGGGAUCUUUUCAGGACUUCCCAUUUUUCGGCACCCUCUCUCUCCGUCCCAAUGAACAAAACCACUAUGUUUGCGAACACUCAGAUCGACUGGAAGGAGACUCCGGAGGCACACGUGUUCAAGGCGGACCUUCCUGGGCUGAAGGAGGAGGUGAAGGUGGAGGUCGAAGAAGGCAAGGUCCUCCAGAUCAGUGGAGAGAGGAGCAACGACAAGAAGGAGAAGGAUGACAAGUGGCAUCGUGUUGAGUGCAGCACCGGCAACUUACUGACAAACAUUUUUAAAAACUUUUAA